AUGCCGCCACUCAAAGGGUUUUCCGACAACAAAUUUUAUGAUCGAAAUGAUGUUCUAAUGGCGACAAAUGCACUCAUUCAGGCUCUCAACCCUUAUUUCUCGACGGGAAAUGCACGCGUUCAACUACCGAUUUACUCCGGAGCACACUUUGAUGAAGUAGCUGCACAGUUAGAAGGGUUCGCACGACCCAUUUGGGCAGUAGCCGCAGCCGUUGCGGACUGCUCAAUUAGCUCCGACUCUGGAAUUGCCUCUUAUGCCAAGCGUUUGGUUGAAGGAAUUGUGAAUGGAGUUAACCCAGAACAUCCCGAAUACUGGGGCACGAUAGGGGAUUGGGACCAGCGGAUGGUCGAAGCGGAGCCAAUCUCUUUCGCGCUGCUUAUAGCGCCUAAGACUUUCUACGAACCCUUAUCAGGAGAAAGUCGCUUACAGCUGACUAAAUGGUUAUCUGAGCUCAACGGCAAGGUUAUGCCGAUUAAUAAUUGGCGCUGGUUUCGAAUAUUUUCCAAUCUCGCUCUCAGCCGAGUAUGCGGAGUACCUUACGAAGAAGUCAAGGACUACAUCGAAGCCGACUUUGCUAUUCUUGACCAAUUCGAACUAGGCGAUGGCUGGUCGGCAGAUGGAAUCUGGAAAAAGACUUCUGUUCCCGGUCACGAGUCCUAUAGUCGACAGGCGGAUUAUUACUCCGGCAGUUUCGCUAUUCAGUUCAGUCAAUUACUUUAUUGCAUCAUUGCGAAGGAUUCCGAUCCCGAGCGUGUUUCUCGGUACCAACAACAGGCGAGAGAGUUCGCAAGUCAGUUCUGGCGGUUUUUCGAUAAGGAUGGCGCUGCUAUCCCAUUCGGUCGCUCGUUAACCUAUCGGUUUGCCAUGGGGGCAUUUUAUGCAACGUUUGCCUUGGCUAAAUGCUAUGAUUCAUCAAACCCCUAUACCUCCCCAGGGUUUGUCAAGGGUAUGCUUUUGCGACAUCUCCGGUGGUGGGCAACACAUUCAUCAGACAUGUUUGCUGUUGACGGUACGUUGACCAUUGGAUACUUGUACCCGAACAUGUUCAUGUGUGAGGAUUACAAUUCUCCCCAGUCUCCAUACUGGGCCAUGAAAAUAUUUGUGGUGCUGGCAUUGGAGGCAGAUGAUGCUUUCUGGACUGCAGAAGAGAUUUUACAUCCCCUUGCGGUCUCGAACGAGCAAUCAACUGUCUCCGGGGUCGAGUUGGUACCUGCGCCGGGCCAAAUUCUCUGCAAUCAUCCCCAGGGUCAGCAUCACUUCAUGCUCAACGGGGGCCAAUUCUGCGCCUGGCCUCUCAAAGCCACGCAGGCCAAGUAUAGCAAGUUUGCAUAUUCUUCGACAUUUGGAUUCAGUGUGCCGACAGGGGGACAAUUGACGCAGAUUGCUCUAGAUAAUACUCUUGUCAUCAGUCGAGAUGGGGGAGAAGCUUGGGCGAUGCGAUGGGAAACUAUUGACACCCCUCGGGGCAAGUCUAUCACCAUUCAGGGCACAGAGAUGCACUGUCUGCAGAGCACCUGGAAACCUUGGAAAGCCGGCGAUAUACAGAUAAGCACCACACUUCUUCCGCCGUGUAACAAAUGGCCAGAUUGGCAUAUAAGAAUCCAUCGAAUUCAGCGAGCUCAGUGCUCUGGGCUCGACAUUCGCGGUUCGGAGCGCUUGACUCUUGUCGAAGGUGGCUUUGCCAUACAGGCAAAACAACCGCGUCGAAUGUGCACGCUCAAUGAAAACUUGAUCAGUACCAGUGGUUAUGGUGGAACCCUUGAAGCUAGCUCCGGCGCUCUCUCAUUUGGUGUCGCUGGUGUCAGUGGCGUGAGAAACAUUCUUAGCUCUGAGGGGUGGGUCGUGGGCAAGGUCCUGAAGCCAGAUCCAAACACCAACUUGAUGGAGCCCAGAACGCUAAUCCCAACUAUUGAACACAUUAUCGAGCUGGCACCAGGAAAAGAAAAGGUCAUUGUCACGGGAGUGUUCGCCGUUGCCAGUGGAAAGAAAGAAUUCAGCCGAGAAGAUCUGUUGCGAAAAUGGUCUCAACAACCUUAUCUAACGGAAGAGAUGUUGCAGGAGUCGUAUUGA